CCGCACGCUCCCAUCUCGUAUCUCUUCAGCUCCUGGCCGCGGCGUCGCGCCGCCUUCCGCCGACCCCAGCUCGCCCCCGUUCGAAGGCGACGAUCAAACCAACAGCAGCGACCCGAAGAGGGCCCUCUCAGAGAAAACCUGGGGCAUUUUAUCACCUAGCCGGCGUGCGAUGAGGCUAAAACGAUAUCGAAAGAAUGCCAACGCCGACGUCGCCAGCCUUCCGGUGGAUAUACUAGCCAACAUCCACGGCCGCCUGAGCCUCCUCGACCGCCUCGCCUUCGCCGCCAUCUUCCACGCCUGGCGCGGCACGUUCAAGUCGGAGGCUCCAUGGCUCCUCCUCCGCGGCCGCACCCCGGAGACCGCCACGCUCUUCUCCCUCUCCGACCGCUGCACCACCACCGUGUGCGUCCCCGAACCAGCGCUGCAUCACCACGUCGUCCUGGGCUACUCCUCCAACGGUUGGCUUGUCACCGGCGCCGGUCACCGGCCAGCAGCGCACGCUCCCUGCCAUCACCACCAUGCCCUGCCUCGUUGAGCAAGAGCAAUAUGGACAAUUUGUGCUCGACCUGAAGCACUUCGUUAAAGCCCCACCGCACCCCGUCUACGACUACCGCCCGUCCGACUGGACGCAUAGGAUCGGUGCCCAUGACAUGUGUGCCAAGCACAUGCGCUCCUUCUGCCGCAAGGUCAUCCUCUCCAACUGCCCGCCGUGCCCCGCUGCAAUGAUGAUCACGGGCAGCCAGUUUGGCUUUGUGGCCUUCGCCACGGCGCAUGGCGGCUGGCGCGUGAUGGCGUCGACCUCGCUAAGACGGUGUGCGGGACGACGCCCUCGCCCGACGGCAUCGAGGACGCCAUCCACUAUGAGGGCAGGUUCUACUCGAUCACAUACUCCGGCCAAGUGAAGGCUCGGGAGCAUGACACCCAUGAUGCCGGGGUGUUCAGAAGCAUGGUGGUCGCGCCAAGGCUCCUGCUGCCGGCCAAUUUGGAUCACCACAGGUACCUCGUGGUGGCGCUGGGCAGGCGGCUGACGGUGGUUGCCAAAGAGGCCACACACGGUUAUCGGGCAUUGCCGUCCUUCAAGGUGCAUGUACUCGACACUAGCGGCGAGGAGUGGAGGGAGACAGACAACAUCGGCGAUGUCGUGCAGUUCAUCGGGGGGAAGAGCUCUCGCUCUAUCUGCCGACAAGGGAGCACCCGGAGCUCAAGGCCGGAUGUGUCUAUUACGCCAGCGAAGGGUAUGCCAAUGACUGCGCUGCUGACCUCGUCAGGGUGUUCAGCCUCAAGGACGGCAAGGCGGGGAAGGUGGAGGGCCUCGGGCGGCGCCGGACUAAGCCGCGACCGGUGUGGUUCUCGCCUUGCAUCCCAUGACCAUAGAUAUGAUAACUGAUCUAGUAGCUUGGGUGGGUUCACUUGCAUUUUUCAACACAAGAAACAAGGGCAGCCAUUUUAGCUCGGUUGCUUUGAAGUAAGUUUUCUGAUAGAGACAGUUUAAUUAACUAGUCGUCAGGGCUUGCUCAUACUUGAUUUUAUGCUAUGGUGAUUUAUUAUGAAUCAA